AUGGUGAUCCGGGACCUGACCCUGCGUAGUGCUGCCAGCUUCGGCUCCUUCCACCUCAUCCGCCUGCUGUACGACGAGUACAUGUACUACCUGAUCGAGCACCGCUUAGCAGCCAGCCGAGAAGAGGAGGAUGAGGAGGAGGAGGAGAGUGAGGAGGAGGGGGGGGAGCUGCUGCUGCAGUCCAGCUCCCUGAGCCGCGUGGACCCGGACCCGGACCCGGACCCGGACCCAGACCUGGACCUGGACCCCCUGGAGCCGCCCGCCAAGCAGCCCCGCCCCCGCCUGGAGCUGCGCCCCCUGCAGGACGCCGCCGGCAACGCGCCCUAG